UCGGGUGGACAGUCUUAAUUCAGCUUCUGUACGAUCCGCCUCGUCAUUAGUUUUCCUCUGGUGCAUCGUGCCUUCAGUGACGUUUUCUCUGUUUUUUUGCCUUUCUCCUCGUCUCCGUUCCGCUCCGUUCCCCCAAACGUUUAUCGUCACACGUAUAAUUCGCGGUGCCGAGGCUGCACAGGUCUGUUAUUGCCCCUUUAUCGCGAGUCAUUCACGAACGAAAAAGGGAAAGCAACGACCAGUAUUAAGAUAAUAUAUUCGUACAUGGUAUAAUAUAUACGACAAAGAUUUCAUUUAGUUUGUUUACUUCGUUUGCAACCGUUUACGAGUUUGUUUCUCGUCGAUACCUCGAGCGAUACCUGUUGGACCACGAGAGAUCGAUCGAUCGAUUCGCACGAUUCUAAGCAGUAUUUCAAGGAAUUUCCUGUUGAAAAUAUGCCGAGCAGCAAGACCAGAAUCGCUAUAAUUGGUGGUGGUGUAGCUGGACUAGUGGUAGCUCGCCAUACAGCCGCCAAAUUGGACACUUAUAGUCUCACGUUGUUCGAGCAAACCGAUCAAGUCGGUGGAACAUGGAUUUACACCGAUGAAACCGAUAUUGACAAACAUGGAUUACCAAUUCAUAGUAGUAUGUACAAGAAUCUAAGAACAAAUCUUCCUCGGGAAAUAAUGCAAAUACCUGAUUUCCCAAUGAAGCAUAACGAAGGGCCGUCAUUUGUUCAUCACAGUGUAAUUCGGGAGUAUCUCUGGGAUUACGCGAAACAUUUUAAUUUAUAUCCACAUAUAAAGUUAAAUACAGUAGUAAAACACGUGGAACCAGAUACUUUGCCAAACGGCCAGAUGAUCUGGAUGAUCACGUACGAAGAUUUGGAAAGCAAAAUAGAAACAACGAAAACUUUCGACGCCGUAGUCGUGUGUAAUGGUCAUUACACUGUAGGCCAUGUUCCACACAUUCCAGGUAUUGAAAGUUUCCCCGGUGGAAUUAUUCAUAGUCAUCAGUACAGAGUACCGGAAGUGUAUGCUAGGAAAAAAGUUUGCAUUCUCGGUGCUUCUUGGUCUGGCAUGGAUAUCGCCAUGGAGGUCUCGGAAUAUGCCGAAAAGGUAUACUUGAGCCAUAAUCUACCGGAAUCAGUUGAUUUGAAAAUGUUGAAAAACGUAGAACAGAGACCUGGAAUCCAAUCGAUUCAAGGAAAUAUAUUCAUCUUCCGCGAUGGUUCCACUGCUGAAGUAGACAACUUCAUAUAUUGCACCGGCUAUAAAUUUACGUAUCCCUUUAUGUCAACUAAAGUUGAGAUGCGUACGGACGACAACCACGUCGAGCCGACUUACAAACACCUAAUACACAUGGAUUACCCGAAUUUAUUCAUAAUGGGACUGCCUGGGAUAGUAAUCCCGUUUCCUCUGUUUCAUCUGCAAGCUCAGUAUAUUUUAGGCAUUCUCGAAGAUCGAAUUAAGCUACCAUCCACUGAGCAAAUGCGUGAAGAGUAUGAAGUGGAAAAGAAAGCUCUUCUCGAUCUUGGAAUUCCGUUAAGACAUAUCGCCAAACUAAAGGAACGACAAUGGGCGUACUACGACGAAAUAGCCGCAGCUGCGAACGUUCCGAGUUUUCCUCCAGUAAUCCGAAAAAUCUACGAUCAUGUGGACCAAAUGCGUGAAUUGGACUUAACCAUCUACAAGAAUUACCAAUAUCGCAUAAUCGACGAUGAAAAUUUCGCACUAUGUUACUGUAAACCUUGUUAGGGCCUAAACGCGAGAAUCAAACACAGAUAUUUCAAUCAAUAAAUCUUUUGGACUGAAAUCGUUCAAAGUUCGCAGUUGCUUCAGUGACAUUGCUUGCAUUUUACGUUUCUAUUAAACGCAAGGUUACUGGAGCAUUUCUAUUUACCGAAACUAAAAUGCUAACAUGCUGUUUAGAUAAAAUAAUUCGAACGAUGCUAAGAACUUUGAGCGCGCGCAUUCUUCCAGUGUACUUUCGCAUACUCCUUCACGAAGUAAAGCGUGUAUCAAAUAAACAUGUACAUUGUUGUGAAAUCGAAUGCAGCAGGGCAGAGCUUAUAAGCGAUUAUUUGUUCUAUAAUGCGUUUUAUACAGGUAUCAUUUUCAAGAUACGUUUUAACGCGAUUUGAGCGAAACAGCGAAGAUUCCACGAGCACGUGCACAAGAAACGCGUCAAUUGCAUUGUACUGUUACUUGUAUCGAUUAACAAUCGAAGAACUUUGCGACAAUUGUUAAAAAUUCUCAUUUGGAAGAUAAUAUUCUUGCAAAUAGAAAUAAAUAUCAGCCUAACAGGCUAAAUUACUGUUGCGAGUUAAAUAAAAUUAUUCUUCUUAAAAA